AUGCCCGACCGCCGCCAACCGCCCCUCAGCCCUGAGCACCGCUCUGGACCGCCUUAUCUUCCGUCCGCUAGCGACGCAUCCUGGCCUGGCCCUCUCCCUCUCCCUCUCCUCUGUGGCGCCUACAUCCAUGCUCCGCGGCUAGCCGCUGUGGAAGAGCCGCUGUGGAAGAGCCAAAGCCCGGGGGCUGCCUCUGCAUCACGGAGCGGCCUGCGGAACACAAACAUGUCCACCAGAACGCCAUUACCCACGGUGAACGAGCGGGACACCGAGAAUCAUUCAUCGGUGGAUGGUUUUGCGGAGCCUCCGGUCCCGCCCACCAAGUCGGCGAGUCGCCACAGCCUGCCGCGAUGCCGCAACUCCUUCACCUCCACCGAGGAGCACCCUCACAUCGGCAACUACCGCCUGCUCAAGACCAUCGGCAAGGGCAACUUCGCCAAAGUCAAGCUGGCCAGGCACGUCCUGACCGGCCGAGAGGUGGCGGUGAAGAUCAUAGACAAAACUCAGCUAAACCCCACUAGUCUACAGAAGCUCUUCAGGGAAGUCAGAAUAAUGAAGAUAUUGAAUCAUCCAAAUAUAGUGAAAUUGUUUGAAGUGAUAGAGACGGAGAAGACGCUUUAUUUGGUGAUGGAGUACGCCAGCGGUGGGGAAGUAUUCGACUACUUGGUGGCUCACGGCAGAAUGAAGGAGAAAGAGGCCCGGGCCAAGUUCAGACAAAUCGUGUCCGCAGUGCAGUAUUGCCACCAGCGGAGGAUAGUGCAUCGCGACCUAAAGGCGGAGAAUCUACUCUUAGAUGCCGACAUGAACAUCAAGAUAGCAGAUUUUGGCUUCAGCAACGAGUUCACGGUGGGGAGUAAGCUGGACACGUUCUGUGGGUCCCCGCCCUACGCCGCGCCCGAGCUGUUCCAGGGGAAGAAGUACGACGGGCCUGAGGUGGACGUCUGGAGCCUGGGGGUCAUUCUCUACACACUGGUCAGCGGCUCGCUACCCUUCGACGGCCAGAAUCUUAAGGAGCUGAGGGAGAGGGUCCUGAGGGGUAAAUAUCGAAUCCCCUUCUACAUGUCCACAGACUGUGAAAACCUGCUCAAGAAGCUGCUCGUCCUCAACCCGGUCAAACGAGGGAGUCUAGAGCAAAUAAUGAAAGACCAUUGGAUGAAUGUGGGUCAUGAGGAGGAGGAGCUGAAGCCUUACAUCGAGCCGGAGGAAGACUUCGGCGAUACAUCCAGGAUAGAGCUGAUGGUGACGAUGGGUUUCCCUAAAGAUGAGAUCACGGACUCUCUGCAGAACCACAAGUAUGAUGAUGUCAUGGCCACCUACCUGCUGCUGGGCAGGAAAGCUCCAGAGUUCGAGGGCAGCGAGCCUCUCACCAACAGUGUCCUGGGCCAGAGACAGCGGCCCACCAGCGACAUCAACAACAGCUCCAGCAUCUCGCCCGCCCACCCCAAAGUCACGCGCAGCAUCUCGGCCAAUCAGAAGCAGCGCCGCUACAGUGAUCAUGUGGGUCCUUCAGUGCCUCCCGCCGUCUCGUACACCAAACGCGGCCAGGCUCUGAGCGUUGAGAGCGACCACCGGGAGGAGUGGGACGGGGCACGUAGACUGGAGCUCAGCACGUCCAAGGGGGAUGUGCCCGCCUCGCCUCUGGGGGUCCAGGAGAGGAAGAAGACCACCACCACUACCAAUGGAUCCAUGACUCGAAGGAAUACUUAUGUGUGUGAGCGCUCUACAGACCGAUAUUCAGCUAUCCCCAACGGCAAAGACAGCAGUUUGACCGAAGUCUCCGGCAGCACCUCCUCCACCGCCAUGAGUUCCACGCGGCCCCGACACACCAAGUCCAUGUCCUCCUCAGGCCACCCCUCCAAGAGCACACUGCCCCCUAUUGAUGACAACUCAGAGCUCAAGGCCAGCUCGUCCCCACGGGGCCCCUCCACGUCCCCCUCUGCCCACAGCAUCAGUACCCCAGAGAAGAACCGCUUCCCUCGGGGCACCACCAGCCGCAGCACUUUCCACGGCGCGCAGCUCCGUGACCGGCGCAGUGCCACCUACAACGGGCCGCCCGCCUCCCCCACUCUGUCCCAUGACACGGGGGCUCUGGCCCAGCAGCGCAGGGGCACCUCCACAGGCAUCAUCGGCAAGAUCACCUCCAAGUUUGUGCGCAGGGUGCCUAGUGAGGGAGAGGCCAGUGCCAGGACAGAAACCCCAAGGAGCGCAUCGGGCGACACCAAAGACGAGGCGGGCCGUGACUCCAAGCCGCGCUCGCUGCGCUUCACCUGGAGCAUGAAGACCACGUCCUCCAUGGAGCCCGCCGACAUGAUGAGGGAGAUCCGCAAGGUCCUGGACGCCAACAGCUGCGACUACGAGCAGCGCGAACGCUUCCUGCUGUUCUGCGUCCACGGCGACGCGCGCCAAGACAACCUGGUGCAGUGGGAGAUGGAGGUGUGCAAGCUGCCGCGCCUCUCACUCAACGGCGUGCGCUUCAAGAGGAUAUCGGGCACGUCCAUCGCCUUCAAGAACAUCGCCUGCAAGAUCGCCAACGAGCUCAAACUGUGA